GUCGUCAGCAAAGCUCACUAUGCUCUCUCUCUCUUCUUCCUUCCAACCUAUGGGCAAAAAAGCGGUGGCCUUUCUCCACUCCACCCCACUCCCCUCCCCCCGUUUUACUUCUCCGGCCAGAUUCACCCGUACCAGCCCCCACAACUCUACCCCCCCAAAUCCAGGAGCUGCUCCUGGGUUUCUUGCUAGGGCAAAAACCAGGGGCAGUUCCCCCAGUCUAUAAAUACCAUUCCCUCCCCAUCUUUUCUCUCCAUCUGAUUUCUGCAACUCCUCCUACCUUCUUUCUCUCCAGCAAUUCUACUUCGGUUGUCUACCAUUUUCUCCCUUAUUCCUUUUUCUACUUUGUCAGAAGAGAGGAGAGAUCAUGGACUCUGUGCGCGAUUGGAUUCGAGAGAACAAGCUCACCAGCAUUGGCACAUUGUGGGCAACGGCUGUUGGUGGCUCUCUCCUCUAUUCGGGUCUGAAGUCGCCCCUUAAGCCCAGCCUUCGCCUCAUCCAUGCUAGGAUGCACGCACAAGCACUCACUCUGGCCGUGCUUUCCGGUGCGGCGGCCGUCCAUUACUAUGAGAAGAAGCAAGAAGCGGCGGAACAUAGCAAAAUGUAUUAGCAUAUCAAGGCCUUAAGACGUGAGUGGCCUAGUUAUAAAUGUAUAUGGGUAUGAGUGUGUUUGUAUCUAUGAGAUUGAGACAUCUCUGUACAACUUGAAGUUGGUGAUCUUCAAUAUUGUUAAGCAUUAUCAGUUCCUUCUCUUA